AUGACCAGCGCAUGGCCUUUUUCCAUGUGGAGAAUUGACUUGAUUGGGGCCUUACCGACAGGUAAAGCUAGAGUAAAAUACACGGUGGUGGCAAUAGACUAUUACACAAAAUGGGUAGAGGUUGUGUCAUUGAGACGCAUUGAGAGGGAAUUCUUGGCGGUGGUACACCUACGGGCCAAUGGGCAAUUUGAGGUAGCAAAUAAGAUAAUUAAGAAGAGCCUCAAAACAAAGUUGGAAAAGCUUCAAGGAAGAUGGGUGGAAGAACUUCCAAAUGUACUUUGGUCAUAUAGGACUACGCCACGCUCCACCACGGUCGAAACUCCUUUCUCCUUGGUGUACGAGUGUGAAGCUGUACUUCCCAUCGAGAUGAGUCUUAACUCAUUUCGUGUAAAGAAUAUCAACGAAGAGGCCAAUCAAAAAGCAAUGGAAAAAAACUUGGAUCUCUUGGAGGAAAGGAGGGAUGCAGCCCAGAUGAGAUUAGCAGUGUAUCACCAAAGACUUGAUGCUAAGUAA